AUGCUCAACAUGCUGCCGCUCUCCUGGGUAUAUCGACGGAGGACCUUGGGAAUGCAUUAUUCCGAGGCAAGACUUCCAGCAGCACGUCGCAUGAAUCUCACUUCUCGCGGACCAGACGCUCCUGAAGCAUUGGUAUCGUUUUGCGCUGGUCUCUAUCAGGAACUCUUUUACACGGUGGUUGAAUUCAUCAACAAGGCACUUCUGUCUAAUGCUGCUUGCACAUGGAUUUCGGUUCUUGAUUACACUGGUUCUUCAUUCCAUACGAGUUGGACCGAAGGAAAUGGGCAACGUUUUCUCGGCCUCAAUGAUCUCGUCCAUAAUUACAUUAACGAACGUGUAGCUGAGCUUUUCUAUAAUGUCUGCUUCGUAGAAGCACAGGAGGUCUACUCUCGAGAACAGAUUGAUGUGGAGAUGGAAAUGCCGCUGGUUUCGCCUUGCCCUCUGACUAGGCUGUUAGAUCAACGGCAACAAUUGUUAUCGUGUACUGAUAUUGACCGACGCUCUGAAGAGAAACGAGGACUAUUUGCUAUCUUGGAAGAGGAAUCGAUGUUUCCUGGAGCCACUGAUGAGAGCCUUUUGGAAAGGAUAUUUGUACAUCUUGGAGAUGAAUCCAGACUCAUACAUCGAGCAAACCGUCCCUUACAAUUCGUGCUCGAGCAUGCCAUGUCCUGCUAUCCGACGACGUACGAUAUUGCUGGGUGGGUAAAACAAGCUCAACCAUGCGAGAGUGCCGCUGCUGCUCGACCGCUUUUGAUUCAAAGCAAGAGCCCACAAAUGGCCGAUCACUUUUUGGUGGCCUUCACUGACACUAAGACGAUGCCAGCAAGUUACGUCGUGCCACACAAGCUGCCCAAUUCGAGCUCAAUGCUCGUAGGUCGAUCAGCGGUUUCUUUGCCAAUAUCAGUGGACAGAUAG